GGCGAAUAGAUGCUUUACAAAAGUAACGGGAGUUGUAGUAUUUAGCUUCCCAGGAGGUAAAGAGCCAACGGAACGGCUUGGAAGAAAACUUUCCAAAGAUUUUCAUCUGAGAGAAAAGACAAUCAAAAGCAGGAGCAAGGAUCAAGUCCAGGUAGGGAACCUGGACUUGCAUCCACACCCACCAACCAUGCACUAAACUGGGGAACAUCUGCUCAAGUGCCCCUCUCAAUGCAGCUAUGGCCUCGGCGGCGUCUAGCUCUGGACCUGCCUCUCUGGGCUCGCAGGUUCAUGCUGCAGCGGUCAAUGGAAACAGAAGCGCUCUCCUCAGACUUAUCACCGCAGAGCCGUCGUUGCGGGACCGCGAGGACCAGUUUGGCCGAACACCUCUGAUGUACUGCGUGCUGGCCGAUCGCCUGGAUUGUGCAGAGAUCCUGUUGAAGGCCGGCGCCUCGGUCAACAAAACCGACCACAGCCAGCGCGCGGCCCUGCACCUCGCGGCACAGAAGGGGAACGUGCGUUUCCUGAAGCUGCUGCUGUCCAGACGCGCUAACUGGCUGCAGAAAGACCUGGAGGAGAUGACCCCGCUGCACCUGGCUACGCGUCACCCCUCCCCUAAAGCCCUGGCCCUGCUGCUCAAGCACAUCGGCCCCGGAGAGGUGGACACACAAGACAAGAAUAAGCAAACCGCCCUGCACUGGUCGGCGUUCUACAACCGGCCGGAGCACGUUCGCCUGCUCAUCAAGCACGACUCCAACAUCGGCAUCCCGGACAGCGAGGGCAAAAUCCCACUGCACUGGGCCGCGCACAGCCAGGAGCCCAGCGCCACGCAGACCGUCCGCUGUAUACUGGAAGCAGCUCCCACCGAGUCCCUGUUGAACUGGCAGGACUAUGAGGGGAGGACACCCCUGCACUUCGCCGUUGCCGACGGUAACGAGGCCGUGGUGGAGGUGCUGACGUCCUACGAGGGCUGUAAUGUGACAGCUUACGAUAAUCUCUUCAGAACGCCGCUGCACUGGGCCGCUCUGCUCGGACACGCCAAAAUCGUCCACCUGCUGCUGGAGAGAAACACAUCAGGCUCCAUUCCCUCAGACAGCCAAGGAGCGACACCUCUGCACUACGGGGCUCAGAGCAACAACGCUGAGACGGUUGGUGUGUUCCUGUCCCACCCGUCCGUGAAGGAUGAACCGGACCUGGAGGGACGGACGGCGUUCAUGUGGGCCGCCGGGAAGGGUAGCGAUGAUGUGAUCUGCACCAUGCUGUCCCUGACGCCUCAUAUUGACAUCAACAUGGCCGACAAGUACGGCGGCACCGCGCUGCACGCGGCCUCGCUGUCGGGUCACGUGAGCACGGUGAAGCUGCUGCUGGACAGAGGCGCCAUGGUGGACUCGCUGGACGUGAUGAAGCACACGCCGCUGUUCCGCGCCUGCGAGAUGGGACACAGGGAUGUCAUCCUCACGCUCAUCAAAGGUUCUGCGAGCGUGGAUCUGGUGGACGUGGACGGGCACACGGCGCUGCACUGGGCGGCUCUGGGAGGAAACGCUGAAGUCUGCCAGAUACUGAUGGAGAACGGCAUCAGCCCCAACGUGCAGGACCAGGCAGGACGCACCACCCUGCAGUGCGCCGCUUAUGGAGGCUACAUCACCUGCAUGGCCGUUCUCAUGGAGAACAACGCCGAUCCAAACAUACAGGAUAAAGAGGGACGGACCGCUCUCCACUGGUCGUGUAACAACGGCUACCUGGACGCCGUGAAGCUGCUGCUGGGCUACAGCGCCUUCCCCAACCACAUGGAGCACACGGAGGAGCGGUACACGCCGCUGGACUACGCCCUGCUGGGGGGGCACAGCGAGGUGACCCAGUUCAUGCUGGAGCACGGCGCUCUGUCCAUCGCCGCCAUCCAGGACAUCGCCGCCGCCACCAUCCAGGCCGUUUACAAGGGAUACACCGUCCGCAAGGCGUUCCGGGAGAGGAAGCAGCUCCUCAUGAGGCACGAGCAGCUGCGCAAGGAUGCAGCCAAGAAGCGAGAAGAAGAACAGAGGAGACGAGAAGCUGUGCGGCAAGGAUCAGUUUCUACUGCAGAGAAGUGGAAGGUUUCACCUGUGAGAGUGGAGCAGGAGAAGCGCGGCUUAGUGAACAUUAUAGAGGACCUAUCUAUGAAUGAUUCUGUGGUGGAAGCAAAGAAGUCAUUCAAAGCUGACAGCCCUAAGAACAAAGAGGAGAAACAAACAGCCCAAAAGAGCAGAUCGUCGAGACGCAGCAAAGCAGCAAAACCCCAUGAGGUGCGUGAGCCCGGCCUGAGGAGCAGUGACCCUGUGUGCAGUGCUCGGACCACCAGGCUGAGGGAGCUUCUGUCACCUGUCAGCUGCAUCCAGCCACCGAGCCUCAAACCCAGACCCCCGCUGAUGCCCAGAGUCAGGGAACGACCGUCAAACACGCGUGUCUGCACUGUGGACCGAACAGAGGCCAGCAGUAGAGGCGCAGAUUCUCCCGUGACCGCCCGCGAUGCCCACGCCUCUCCCCAAAAGCACAGAAUCCACGAGGAGGCCACUUCAGACAGGACCACUCCCAAAGAGCGAACUGGCACCCCCUCAUUAAGGAGCAGUCCAGCUUCGGGCCACGGAGGUGCGUGGCGACGGAGUCAGCCUGCCACGCACGCGGCCGCCUCCACGCGCACCCACGGCGAGCAGCGCGGGAGGAGGAGCGAGGCCGCGCGCGUCAUCCAGCGAGCUUGGCGAAGGUUUCACACACACAGAAAGAGACAAGAUGCGGCCCAUGAAGAGGUUGUGUUAAGUGAGUCAAACCACACCUAUAACAGGAAGACGAUGGAGAUCAGAGCCCCACCUGCCAAACCGGCGUCGAGUAAGAGCUCAGUGCUUCAGAGUAUCUAUGGCAACUCCAUGGCAAGACGGGGGCGUUCAUUAAGGGGCUCACACUCUCAGCUGCUGCUGGACAUGCCACUACGCACUGAAAGCCAGACGAGCGGCAUCGGCUGCAUCCACCUGACCGAGGUGGUGAAUCAAGCCAAGCAGUACUCCUACCACCUGAGGCCACACAGUGCUGGACAGGGGACCAGAGGCCGGGGCAAACACUGAUGCUAUGCACAGCUACACACUCCUCUGAGUGAAAAAUGUGUAUAGUAAUGCUAUAAGACGUCAGGCUGCCAGCUGAGACAACAUCAGUGUGCCCAGCACUCUAAAAUUAAGCCCUGUGACAUCAGAGCCAUGACCUCACAGGGUGGAGUUAAGUCUACAGAAAUGCUGUGUGUGUAAAAGAUAACCUUUCAUCCAUUGUGGAGGAACUCAUACACACUCGAUCUCCAUCACUCUUGCACACACACUGAGAUAACCUUUCCUCCUGCUGUGGAGAAUGAGGCAGUCUAUCAACAGCCGGUCAUACAGAUAGCCCACCUGCAGCCAUGGACACACACACACACACACACUCUCAGCACAUUAGUCUGGUCUUUAAGUGCUUUCCUUCUCAAGGAAAAGCUGUAUUCCUCAGCUAUGUAGUCUUUUUACGCAAUAAACCUUAU